CCUCUACCUUCCCUCUUAUACAAAAAAGCUCUGUCCAUAUUCUCCCUCUCCUGCCUGUUUUAUUACUGAAAACCCUAGAAAAAUUGAAGUUUCUAUUUCGAAUUCUUCUUCGAUUCUCAAGAUCUCAGCGUUUCAUACGAUUCGGAGCUCUCGUCUCCGAGAUCUUGGCUAUCGAGCUUUCGUCCACGAGCGAAUCUCUCCGUUUGUUCGGUUUUCUCGAAGAUGAAUAAUCUUCUCUCGGAUUCCUUUGAGCUUCCUCGUGGUCAACCUUCAGGGGAUGCGGAUAUUGAAAUGGGAAUGCAGCCUUCUGCAAGUUCUGCAGAGCUGGGAAUGGAAGGUUUUUUUAAGCAGGUCCAAGUCAUUGAGAAACAAAUUGAGAAGCUCUCUACGCAGUUGCAAAAACUUCAGAAUGCAAAUGAGGAGUCCAAGGCUAUUACGAAAGCAUCUGCUAUGAAGGCAAUCAAGCAGCGCAUGGAAAAGGAUAUUGAUGAAGUGGGAAAAAUAGCACGCAUAACAAAAGCCAAAGUAGAAGAACUGGACAGAGAUAAUUUGAUUAACAGACAGAAGCCAGGAUGUGGUAAGGGGUCUGCUGUUGAUCGAUCUCGAACUGCAACUACUGUAGCAUUGAAAAAGAAGCUGAAAGAAAAAAUGUCUGAAUUUCAGACUUUAAGGGAAGCAAUCCAGCAAGAGUAUCGGGAGGUUGUUGAGAGAAGGAUAUACACAGUUACGGGUAAUCAUGCUGAUGAAGAGAUGGUUGACAAACUAAUAGAGACAGGGAACAGUGAACAAAUAUUUCAGAGAGCAAUUCAGGAGCAAGGGCGAGGCCAGGUAAUGGACACUCUUGCUGAGAUCCAAGAGCGUCAUGACACCGUGAGGGAAUUAGAGAGGAAGCUUCUUGAGUUGCAGCAGAUUUUUGUUGACAUGGCUGUGCUGAUUGAUGCUCAAGGUGACAUGCUAGACAACAUUGAAAGCCAGGUUUCAAGUGCAGUAGACCAUAUUCAAUCUGGAACCACAGCGCUUCAGAAGGCAAAGAGCCUGCAGAAAAACUCGCGCAAGUGGAUGUGCAUUGCGAUAAUCAUCCUUCUCCUGAUUGUCGUUAUCAUUGUUGUUGCUGUGCUUAAACCAUGGAGCAAGAACUCAUAAGCUGUGUUUGGUGUGAAAAGUCUUGACGUUGGUUUGUGCGGUUAUAUGAUCAAAAUAUUACUGUCCUUGGACUCCAGGAUUAUAUGAGUGUUGUAUAAAUUCUUCUAGUCUGAUCAUUCUUUGUAGCAUCAACAUUGAGUUAUGAAAAACAAUGCAUAUUUGUUAAACUGUCGGCCUUUCUUGAUA